AUGUCUGAGCUCUUCAAGGACAUCCCAGAGUUCGUCGAGACCGACAUUGGAGAGUCCAUCACCGCUAGGACAGAGACUUUGGCUGACAACAGUUCCGGUGUUGAGGCCUCAUCAUCAGCGUCGCUCGCGGCGUACCUCAACUCGCUCCAGUUCCACAUCGAGGAGUCUCCGGCGUGGUUCGGCAAGGGCAACGGCUGGCGUGUCCGAACAGGCACCUACUGGCAUGAGGCCACGCCGCAGCUCUGGCAGGAGACGUACCUGUCUGCGCUCCUGCGUGCGAUCCGAUACGCCGACGAUGCGUCAUACCGGUUGGCUGGCUACCGAAAGAUGGACCCGAUCACGACGAUUGAGGGCGAGCAGCGCUUCCUGAAGGCGGCCGAGGACAUGUUCUUCUCUGGCUGGCACCUUGGCUCGGACCCCGAGGUUCAAGUCGCGACGAUUGUGUCCAACCACCUCACGGCGGGUAUCAUCAAGUAUUUUGCCGACGCGUACCGACUCGAGCAGGCUGCGAACCUCUUUGAGCGGAUAUACCAGAAGGAGCCCGAGGUCGCUGCCCUCCUGGCGCAGAGCUACAUUGGCAUGAUGAUGAAUGCCGCGCUCAAGUCUGCGCCGAAGAGCUACCCCAUCCUGCUGCAGCAGGUUGACUUCCUGCUUUCAAAGGGCAAGGCGGAGUGGGCGUGCCAGGUGGCGCAGCAGGCGGUGAACUCUGCGCCGAGCGAGUUUUUAACCUGGGCCAAGCUGUCCGAGACGCACAUCGAGCUGGGGCAGUUCGACAAGGCGCUGCUGACGCUCAACUCGUGCCCGAUGUUCACCUUCAACGAGCGGGACCUGCACCGCAUGCCGCCUCCUGCGCGGACGCAUCUGCCCGUGAAGAAGUUCAUCGCCGAGUCUGGCCUGAUUGACGAGGAGUCUGCGCGUGAUAACGAGGCCGACGUCGCGCUCCUCCGCCUCCCCGCCCCGGGACUCAGGGGGACGUUCAGCAAGGCCUACGAGCUGCUGGCCAAGAUGGUGUCGCAGAUCGGGUGGGACGAGCUGCUCAAGACGAGAUCGGCCGUCUUCGUAAUGGAGGAGGAGUACAGGCAGCACAAGAGCAGUGCGUCGAUGGACGCGUCGGGCGCGCGCAACGGAGACGGCGACGACGAGAACGCGUCCACGCGCGCGAUCCACAGUCCGGACUCGGACGACGGGAUUUCCCGCGCAACGACGCCGACGAUCAUGGUCUCGCACCACGACGAGGACAACGAGACAAAGGACGCAACCGACACGAACGGCGAUGCGAAGCACGACAAGCCCGGGGACGAGAAAGACGACAAGGACACGAAACCCACAGACGCCAAGGCAGAUGACGACAAGGAGCACGCAGAGCACGCAGAGCAGGCCGCCGCCGAGCAGCAGCAGGCGGAGAAGAAGAAGGUCCCGCAUCCCGCGUUAGAAAAGCCCGAGCAGCUGGCGCACGACUCGGCGUCGGACGAGGAAUUCGAGGGCUCCGCCUUCAGCAAUAAGCGCCUCUGUGAGCGGUGGCUGGACAAUCUCUUCCUGGUGCUCUACGAGGAUCUGCGCGUGUACACGAUCUGGCGCGCCGAGAUCUCGCACUUCCAGACCCAGCACAUGUCGUACCGCAAGACAGGCACGGAGUGGGAGAUCCUUGGCGAGCUGGCACUCCGGCUGCACCACAAGGACGAGGCCAAGGAUGCGUUCCAGCGCUGCCUUGAUGCCAAGUUUUCCGCCCGCUCUCUGCUCAGGUUGCUGGAUAUGUACGCCUCUGAUGCCGACUUGCCGCGCACCCUCAACGCCGCUAUCAAGCUUACGGCCUACCACCACAGGUGGUAUAUGGAGAGCAGCUACCCCAGCUCCAUCGCGCAUGCCAUCUUCACCCUCGGCCAGGUCCAUGGGCUCGCCAAGAUCGAGUACACCCUCCUCUCCAUGAAUCUGCCCGAUGGCAUAUUCAACCUCAUGAUGGGAUAUCUGACGUAUGGCAAGAAGUUUAACGUCGAGGGAUCAGAGUAUUGA